AGGUUCAGAGGCCCGACCCAAAAAACACUCUUCUCAUUAAUUUCCUCAAUCUGCACUCAUUGCCUCGAAACAAAUUCUCCCUCUCUUUUUCUCUCUCGCACGUGCUAUUUCCUAUCCUGCCAUUUUUCUCCUCCACCUCAACCCUCGCACGUGCGCCCAAAGCCCCUGACUCUAAGUCUGUCCUAUAAGUGAAAUCCCCCUCUUCUCUCUCCCUUGAUAUCUCUUUUUUUUUUUUUUGCUUUUUUAAGACAACUUUAUUGACUGGCUCAAGUUCUCAUCUCCCUCUGACCAUUUGACCAUGUCGUCGAUUAAAACCGUUAAAGUCAGCAAUGUUUCUUUAGGAGCGACUGAGCGAGACAUCAAAGAAUUCUUUUCAUUUUCUGGUGACAUUGAAUAUGUUGAAAUGCAGAGAGAUAAUGAUGGGUCUCAAAUUGCCUAUGUUACUUUCAAGGAUUCACAAGGAGCAGAGACUGCUGUUCUUCUUUCGGGAGCAAGAAUAGUUGAUCUGUCUGUCAGCAUUUCUUUCGCUCCUGACUACAAGCUGCCUCCUGCAGCUUUUGCACCACCCCCUUUACUGCAGGCAACACAAAACAAAACUCCUGGUGGUGCUGAUUCUGCUAUUCGAAAGGCAGAGGAUGUUGUUACUGGCAUGCUUGCUAAGGGCUUUAUCUUAGGCAAAGAUGCAGUCAACAAGGCAAAGACCUUUGAUGAGAAGCACCAGUUAACAUCAACAGCCUCGGCCAAGGUAGCAUCUUUUGACAAGAAAAUUGGGUUUACUGAGAAGAUAACUGCUGGUACUACUGUCGUUAGUGGCAAAGUACGAGAAGUGGAUCAGAAAUUUCAGGUUUCAGAGAAAACCAAAUCAGCAUUUGCUGCUGCUGAGGAAAAGGUCAGCAGUGCAGGAUCUGCCAUAAUGAAGAACAGGUAUGUGUUCACUGGAACUUCAUGGGUAACUGGUGCUUUCAAUAAGGUUGCAAAAGCAGCUGGAGAUGUUGGCCAAAAGACAAAAGAAAAAGUGGGAGCUGCUGAAGAGGAACGAAAAAGAAAAGUGGUCGAUGACUUUGCGCAGAUUCACCUAUCUGAGUCCCCUAAAGCUUCUGCACCAAGUGAACAACAAUCUUCUAAGCCUGCACCUGCUCAAGGAUUGAUCCUUUAAUUUGCUGCUCCUGUAAAUAGUUGUGGAACUUUGGUAUUGAAUUCUCUCAUCUCUUUGUUACUCGCUUUGAUUUCCGGUGUGGAACUGGUGAUUGUAGGAAAAAUCCAUCGCAUAGCAUUUCACAUAAUUAACUAUCUUCUUGGCCUGAAUGUUGAAUGAAUUGAAUAUCUGGUUUUCUAUUGGCAAGCCUCUGGUCUUACCGGAUUAUGAUUUCGGUUUUAUAUGGAAACUAUGUUCCUUUUGAUUGGAUUUACGUGAUCAGAUGACUAAGUCUGGAGUGACCGUGCAGUAUCCAACAAAGCCCUCCACUUCCGUUUCAUCCUCCAAGCCGCUCUCGUACUCGACCAAUCAUCAUCGCUGUCACCGUCAUCUCCACUUCCAUUGACCUACCUGGAAGGCUUCCCCAAGCCCAACCCUAAAUAUAUUUUUUGGUAGAUACGAAGAUGUGGAAGAAAAAGUUAUAGCGAUGGCAUUGAAGUGGUUGGGAUUUUCUGAAAUCCUAUCAGGUCGACGAUCGUUAUUGCUUAACCGCCGAUGGUCUCAAUAUGGAAAAGAUUUCAGAAGUUAUCUGAAACAAAAGAUGAAAGGAGCACAUUUUAGCGUUGCUGAUAUUGAGCGAUAUCGAAAAGCGAAGCAUCAAGUUGGUGAAAAUGGCUAAUUAUUAGCAAAAGCAUAAUUAAUUUAAACUUCUAUUAUGGAGCCAAAAUAUUGUAGAAUGGUACCUAUCAACAAACAUUGAUAAGGGAUCUUCUCCUUGUCUCAGUGAGCAAGAAGAAUAUUAUUGCAUUAUUAUCUGCACAAUUAGAGUUUUUUUUUUUCCUUGAAAGGACAUUGAUGAUAUUAGAGUUAGAAAUGAAAAAGUAGUGCUAAAAUAAUGCU